AUGAAAGAUAUUGGAGACUCCUACUAUGCCACUUUGGUAGAUAAAUCUCGUGAUGUUUCUACAAAGCAACAGCUGGCUGUUGCAGUGAGAUAUGUGGAUAGUUUAGGACAAGUUGUUGAAAGGUUUAUAGGCAUUAAAUAUGUCGCAUCGACUAAUGCUAUUGCAUUAAAAGAAGCCAUGGAAGAUAUACUUGCUAAACACUCAUUGAUCAUACAUAGGAUCCGAGUAAUUGAAGUUGUUGAAAUUAUCAAAGAAGAUGGGGUACAUGAUCAACAAGCAGUUGAAGCUGGUGUUCUGAUAAAUGCCAUGAAAUUUUUUGAUUUUAUCCUUGCUAUGCACUUAUUGAUUGAUAUUUUAGGUGUCACCAAUGAAUUAUCACAGGCCUUGCAAAGAAAAGAUCAGGAUAUAUUGAAUGCAAUGAAUUCUACAUUCAAAGGCCGUCGACGAUCAGCACGUAGAAAUGAUGACACAACAAAUUUAAAUCAUUAUCGUGUGGAAUUCUUUUACAUUAUUAUUGAUAUGAAACUUCAAGAGCUGAAUAAUAAAUUCUCUGAAACCAGUACUGAAUUGCUUCUUUGCAUGUCAUGUCUAAAUCCAAAUAAUUCAUUCUCUGCUUAUGAUAAGGAGAAAUUAAUUCAGCUUGCAGAGCUAUAUUCAAUCGAUUUUUCUAUUGUUGAACUUGUGGCUUUAGAGUACCAGGUAUCGACAUACAUUCUUAAUAUGCGUUCAAGCGAGGAGUUAUCAUCUUUGGACAACAUUGCUGAUCUAGCAAAACAAAUUGUUAAGGAUAAAAAAGAUAUCGUGUACCCCUUAGUUCACCGGCUUCUUGUUUUAGCAUUAACUUUGCCCGUUGCCACCGCUACAGUGGAAAGAGCAUUUUAA